AUGCCUCGCAAAGCCGCUUCCGCCUCGACUUCGGACUUGACCCCGAAAUCUUGGGACAAUGUCGACUUCCUCAACGACCUGCUUGUCGCCUUCUACCAAGUGGGCUGCCAUACCAACAGCUUCAAUCCGCAGGUCAACAAUGCCAUUGUGGAGUUUCUUACUUCUCGAAGCCACGAUACCUCGUGGAGCGCCAUCCGGUAA